ACUUCAUAAAAACUCCACUUCACUAAAUUCAAACUAUCCCUUUAAAUUUACUCCAUUGCAGCUCCAAAACCAAAAAACAAGUCUACAUAGAAAUUUGGCACAGUGCAGCUUUAUUCAAACCUUACACUGUCAGAUAGUAUAAACACUGUGGUGCUUCAGGCUCCGUCUCUCUGAAAAAAAAUCUCUUCUGUCUGUUUGUAUGUGUGUCACAUGAUGUGUGCGUGUCAGCUUGAUGAUUGUUUUACCUUACAUCCGUUUGGUUCUCCUUGUCUUUAUCCUGCUGGCUGACACUGCACGAUGUCAAGUCAACCCAGAAAUGUGUCGAUAUCCUCUCGGGAUGACCGGAGGGCAGAUUCAGGACGAGGACAUCUCUGCUUCCAGUCAGUGGUCUGAGUCCACUGCUGCAAGAUUUGGCAGGCAUGUACUUGACUUAGACAACGGAGACGGUGACGGGGCCUGGUGUCCUGACAUCAUGUCAGAGCCGGACGGCCUCAAAGAGUAUCUCCAGGUGGACCUGCGCUCGCUGCACUUCAUCACACUGGUGGGCACGCAAGGUCGCCACGCCGACGGCAUGGGUAAUGAGUUCGCCCAGAGAUACAGGAUCAAGUACAGCCGCGACGGCAGCAACUGGGUGGGAUGGCAUGACAGGAAGGGAAGGCAGGUCAUUGAGGGGAACAGGAAUGCGUACGAUGUGGUGCUGAAGGAUCUGGAGCCUCCCAUCAUCGCUCGUUUUGUUCGCUUCAUGCCUGUGACGGAUCACUCCAUGAUCGUGUGUAUGAGAGUGGAGCUCUACGGCUGUGAAUGGCUGGAUGGCCUGAUGUCUUACAGCAUCCCAGAUGGGCAUCAGAUGAUCUACCGAGGCCUGGAUGUCUACUUUAAUGACUCUGUGUAUGAUGGAGCAUCAUCUGAAAGACUGACGAAGGGCCUGGGCCAGCUGACAGAUGGCACCUGGGGUCUGGAUGAUUUCCUCCACAGCCACAUAUACGGCAUGUGGCCCGGGUACGACUAUGUGGGCUGGAACAACAAGAGCCUCCCCAAAGGUUACGUGGAGAUGAUCUUUGAGUUCGACCACGUCCGUAACUUCACUUCCAUGAAGGUUCACUGUAACAACAUGUUCAGCCGAGGGGUGAGGAUGUUCAGGCAGGCCACCUGUUACUUCCGGUCAGGACCAGACUGGGAGGCUGACCCUGUGACGUUCAGGCCCGCCGUUGACCACGCCAGCCAGAACGCCCGCUUCAUCAGCGUCUCCCUCGGCGACCGCACGGCGAGCUCCAUCAAAUGCCGUUUCCACUUCAGUGAUGUUUGGAUGUUAAUCAGCGAGGUGGCCUUCCAGUCAGGCUCAGCAGUGUACAACACGUCUCUGACUCCUCGCAAACAUGGACACCCCACAAACACCCUGCCAGGAGAUGAUCCGACUCAUAAAGUGGAUGACAGCAACACCAGGAUCCUGAUUGGCUGCUUGGUGGCAAUCAUCGCCAUCCUAUUGGCUAUUAUCGUGAUCAUCCUGUGGAGGCAGGUCUGGCAGAAGAUGCUGGAGAAGGCCUCUCGUCGCCUGCUGGAUGACGAGCUGACGGCUCGCCUGGCGGUCCAGACGCAGGCCUUCUCCUCCCACCACUCCUCCCUGUCCAGCGAGAGCGGCUCCACCUCCAACUCCACCUACGAGAGGAUCUUCCCCCUCUGCUCCGACUACCAGGAGCCGUCACGCCUCAUCCGGAAACUCCCCGAGUUCGCCCAGUCCACCGAACACCUGGGUAAGACACACACAGUGGUGGAAUCUCUUGCAACCAGCGGUUCAGACGGCGCCCCCCACUACGCCGAGGCCGACAUCAUCAGCCUGCAGGAGUCCUCAGACAGCAGCACCUACUCCAUCACGGCCGUCAACAUGAAUCUCUUCGCCGGCACCGACUCGUCCAUGAGAGAAUUCCCCAGACAGAAGCUUACCUUCAAGGAGAAACUGGGAGAGGGCCAGUUCGGAGAAGUGCACUUGUGCGAGGCAGAGGGCAUGCAGGACUUUUUGGACGAGGAUUUGUCUAUAGAGGGAAACAAUGAGUCACCUCUGCUGGUUGCUGUGAAAACACUGAGGGAAGAUGCCAACAAGAAUGCGAGGAACGACUUCCUGAAGGAGAUCCGGAUCAUGUCUCGCCUGAGGGACCCCAAUAUCGUCCGUCUGCUGGCGGUGUGUGUGGACACGGACCCGCUGUGUAUGAUCACUGAGUACAUGGAGAACGGAGACCUGAACCAGUUCCUCUGCAAUCUGAGACUGAAAGAAGCUGCUGAUGAAGACAAGAAGGAGCAGGAGGAGAAGGAGGAGAAGAGUAUGGUCAGCUACAGUAAACUUAUCGGCAUGGCCGUGCAGAUCGCGUCCGGUAUGAAGUACUUGUCCUCUCUCAACUUUGUCCACCGUGAUCUGGCGACACGCAACUGCCUGGUGGGGAAGAACUUCACCAUAAAGAUCGCUGACUUCGGCAUGAGUCGGAACCUGUACAGAGGGGACUACUACAGGAUCCAAGGCCGCGCCGUCCUGCCCAUUCGCUGGAUGUCCUGGGAGAGCAUCCUUCUGGGUAAGUUCACCAUGGCCAGUGACGUGUGGGCCUUCGGAGUGACCCUGUGGGAGAUUCUGACUCUGUGUAAGAAGCAGCCUUACUCCCAGCUCUCUGACGAGCAGGUCAUUGAAAACACAGGCGAGUUCUUCAGGGACCAGGGCAAACAGGUGUACCUGCCGAAGCCUCUCUGCUGUCCCGACCGAGUCUACAACGAUCUGAUGCUGAGCUGCUGGAGGAGGAACGCCAAGCAGCGGCCCAGCUUCCAGGAGAUCCACACUCAGCUGAUGGAGAGCCUGGCGUAGCAGACAGAACGUGUCAUUUCUCUCUGCCGUGCACUGCCACAUUUGUUCCCUUCAGUCGGGAUUUAUUUGGAAUUAACUCGGAGUUAGAAACAACCAAUCAAAAGAUUUCCAUUUGUUGUAGCUGGCUCAUGGUGCUGUAAAUAACAAGAUAUGAGGAGACACUUGAACAGAGCCUUAUACUGUAGAUACCAUACAAAUUAGCACUAUCCACACGUGUAUUCACUCCUCUGUGUAUUUAUUAAUUCCUUUUUAUUUCCUAUUCUAUGUCUAUUUAUAGAGUGCUCUAUAGUAAUCUUAGAUUUUGAAACUUAAUUGUGAAUAUUGUUUUUAUUUCUUUUUCAUACUAAUUCUAUUGCACAUUUAUUAGAGGAUGGCGAUACAGUUGCGUGACCUUUUAUGAAUGUUUUUUAUUGUUACUUUUUAUUUUAAGGUGAACAAAUGAAAUAAUGAAAUGAUAUUAGUGUGUGAGUGUUGUCCUGAUGAGACAGUUGUUUUUACUGAAGCGGUUCAUUGUCAUGUUUUAUAAACAUAUUUAUGUCCUUUUGCAGAAAUAAAAGAACUGUAUAUUGUUGAAUAGUAGUAAAGAAAGAACCAAAGUCAAACCAAAGAUCUCUGUAAAUAAAUAAA